GUCUCAAAUCUCUUGGAUCAAAUCAUUCUUGAAUGCUAAGCAGCGCAGUCUGUUGUUGUGUUGUCCAUGUUGCUAAGCGACCAUCAGCGAGUCAAAGGCUGGAAGAAGAGACAAAUCCCAAAGGAGAGCGAGACGUAGUGAACGGGAGGAAAUUGUAAGAUUUUAGGAGCCAUCUCCGGUCCUUCAGAUAGAGCGCUGUUGGGGAAAAUGUGGGACACGAGGUCUCUUGAGAAGAUGGUGAACAGGACGACUCUGAGCACGCAGCGAGUGCUCCACACACACAUUUUGGAACUUGGAGAACAGUUGUGUCUGUCUUCAUCUCUCAACGCUAAAACGGACCUGAAAUCGCCUCCAAAGUCAGUCUGUUCGCGGCAGCCUGUGAUCGGAUGGGACGAGCCUGACACCCCCGCUGUAGAAGAAUUUAAGCUGCUGGCGGAGAAGGAGAAACAUACUGCUCUUCGACUGCAAGAGGAGAGGCUUCGGGCCCAGUUUGAAGAUGCGCUACGAGCGAGGGACAGGCUGGAAGCCGAAUUGAGGCUGGAGCUCCAGCUAGAGCUGCAGGCCGGCUUCAGAGCUCACUGUGAAGGCCUGAAGGCUCAGAUGGAGGAGGAGAAGGUCCUGGCUGUAGGGGAGGCUUGCAGGAAGCUGCGAGAACAGCUGGAGAAAAAGGCAGAUGAGGACCAAGAGAGAACAGUGCAAGCUUUACAAGAUGAAAACCAGGAGCAUGUGAGGAGAUGUGUGCAGAAGGCAGAGAGAAGUGUUCGUGAGGAGUGCGACGUGAAGGCACAACGAGAAAGACAAGUCCUAGAGGACAAGCAUGCAGGAGAAAUAUCCGAACUACACAACAGGCUGAAGCAGCUGCAGGACAGUCUGGAGCAGGUCUGCGGGGAACGUAUUCAGUAUGAAGCAGAGUUUAAGAAGGUGCAGGCUAGUUAUAGGCAGUUUGUGGACCUGACUGAUUCCUCUAUGCACUCUGAUUACCUCUUAAAACUGCGCAGACUGGGUAGAGAGCCGGGUCUCACAGACACUGCAUCGCAGACUGAUGACAUCACACCUGAACUGUGACCACAAGUAUAGACGGUUUCAGCAGUAACAACAAAAACAAGCGGCUUCCGUGGUCAACACGUAAACUCCGCUAAGAAUAAAUAACAACAAAGUACUUUAAAGUAGUUUAUUUAUAUAACAAGCAAAAUAAACAACACGUAGAUUACCUAGGAAACCAAAACAUUUGUUAUUUUCGACGAGGUAUUGUUCAAGAGUUCAGUUUAGCAACUGGGUCAUUCUACAGAAAAGGUGGAAUUCGGGUGAUGGAAAUUUGCUUAAAUGAACUUCUUUCAACAUACCCAAAACUUCUUUAAUAGCAUUAAUUAACUUGUCAAAUCUAUGAAUCCGCAAAGCGGGGAGCUUAAUCUAUUUUUAACUUUUUAAUACAUUUUAAUAAAGAAUCCAUGAGUCAUUUAUUUGUCAUUGGUGUUACCUGUGAUUUAAACAACAUUAAUGUUGAUACUAAA